GUACUUUUUGUUGAUCCUGUCCAAGAAGAUGCAUGUGAUUAUGUGAAAAUGGCAGAAUUGUUCUAUCAUCAUUACGUACCAGUUAGGAUGGGAUUUGUUUUCAUUUUAAGUACUAAAGAAGAAAUUGAUGGAAACGAAGAUGCUGGAAUAGCACUUUGGAGAACUUUUAAUUACAUCACAGAGGAAUCUGACACCUCUCAAGCUUUUACCUCGAUAACUAAUAUGUGCCAUGAAGUGAAAGAUGGAAGUAUUCUAACAGUAAAUCAUGUGAAAGAUGUUCUUAGAAGUGAAUACCCCCACGCUGAUGUUCAGAGUAUACUAGGUGUUCAUUCUGAAUAUGACGAAGGGAGAAAGGCAGGAGCAACGUUCUAUAAAAAGACUGGCCUGGGUCCGUUGCCUCAAGCUCUGUUUAAUGGCGUGCCCAUUAGCAAAGAAGAGAUGGGUGCUGCAGAGUUAGAGGCAGUUUUUAUUCAGAAGAUUGUUGAUGCCACCGGGUUCUUCCAGAGGGCAGUGUCGAUGGGUUUAUUAAAUGAUCAUAUAAAUGCAGUAGAUUUCCUUAUGGAUCAGCACGAUGUAGUUUCCCGUAUAAACCCCACUGUUCUUGGAGCAGAAAGAAGAUACAUACAUUUCGGUUUCACAUCUGUUCCAUUUGAUGUGGAAGACUUCUCGACUUUCUCCUUUUUGGACUCACAAGAUAAAAGUGCUGUAAUUUCAGACAAUAUGAAGUAUUUAACAAAAACGGAUGAAGGUGCAUUAUAUGCUGUUACGAUCUGGAUUAUUGCUGAUUUUGAUAAGCCAGCUGGGAGACGACUGCUUUCUAAUGCCUUGAAACACCUGAAAACAAGCAGUCAUACACGAGUUGGAAUUUUGAACAAUCCUUCAUCAAAAAUAAAGGAAGAUAACACAGCCAUUGCAAGAGGAAUUUUAACUGCUUUUCUAACCCACAGCAACAGCAACUUGAAAAGUUUCCUAAGUAAACUCACUAAGGAAGAGACAGCAAAAUCCCUUGCUGCUGGAACUAAAAUUGUUAAAUUCCUCAUCCCGGGAAUGGAUGAUGAUACAUUUGAGAAGAAGUACAAUACUUUAGGACUGGAUAUAAUUAAAACCCAUCAGAUGUUCUGCCAGGAGGUUCUUAAGCUGCUUCCUGGGCAAAUGGCUGUUAUGAGCAAUGGCAGGGUACUGGGUCCUUUAGAUGAAUUCUAUGCCGAAGACUUUAAUUUGUUGGAAAAAAUAACAUACAGUACCUCAGCGGAGAAGAUUAAAGCCAUCGUCAAAGAGAUGGGAAACAGUAGUAAAAAUGGCAGUGAUUUGAUUAUGAAAAUAGAUGCCCUACUGUCGUCUUCACCUAAAACAGAGGUGAGACAAGCUGCUGAAUUACUCAAAGAACAGCACAGCGUAGUAAAAGUCGAUCCCCAACAGAAUGAAUCAUUCUAUGAUGUUAUUGCUAUUGUGGAUCCAUUGACAAGAGAAGCACAGAAGAUGGCUCACAUAUUGAUUGUACUCAAAGAUAUUAUUAAUGUGAAACUCAGGCUGUUUUUGAACUGCAGAUCUAAGCUGUCAGAAGUGCCACUGAAGAGCUUCUAUCGUUUUGUUCUGGAACCAGAAAUAACUUAUGGAAUCAACAAGCACCUUCCAUCUGAACCUGUGGCAAAAUUCCUAGAAUUGCCAGAAUCACCCCUUUUGACUCUAAACAUGAUCACUCCUGAAAGCUGGUUGGUUGAAGCAGUAAACAGUUCCUGUGAUCUUGAUAAUAUUCAUUUACAGGAUAUAAAAGGGACAGUUACAGCAGAAUAUGAACUAGAAUAUAUAUUGCUUGAAGGACAUUGCUUUGAUGUGACAACUGGACAACCUCCUCGAGGGUUACAGUUCACUCUGGGCACAAAGAAUAAUCCUGUCAUGGUUGAUACUAUUGUGAUGGCCAACCUGGGAUAUUUUCAGCUGAAAGCAAAUCCAGGUGCUUGGACGUUGAGAUUGCGUAAAGGAAGAUCCGAAGAGAUUUAUCAGAUUUUUUCCCAUGAAGGAACAGAUUCUGUAGCUGACCUGACAGAUGUUAUCGUGGUAUUAAACAACUUCAGAAGCAAAAUUAUCAAAGUCCAAGUACAGAAAAAGUCUGCUAAAAUGAAUGAAGAUCUCCUUACUGAUGGAACAACAGGAAAAAAAGGAAAUCGGGAAUCAGUUACAAGAUUUUCAGAAGAAAUUCCAACAGAAGAGAAGGAAAAGAAAAGUGAUAUUCUUAACAUUUUUUCAGUUGCUUCAGGCCAUUUAUAUGAACGAUUUUUAAGAAUUAUGAUGCUUUCUGUCCUACGUCAUACGAAAACACCAGUUAAAUUUUGGUUUCUGAAAAACUAUCUCUCCCCAACAUUUAAGGAUAUUAUUCCUCACAUGGCUAAAAAGUAUGGUUUCGAGUAUGAGUUAGUACAGUAUAAGUGGCCCCGCUGGCUUUAUCAACAGACAGAAAAACAAAGAAUUAUCUGGGGCUACAAAAUUCUUUUUUUGGAUGUUCUUUUCCCUUUGGCUGUGGAUAAAAUAAUAUUUGUCGAUGCUGACCAGAUUGUGAGAAGUGACCUAAAAGAACUCAGAGAUCUAGAUCUAAAUGGAGCUCCCUAUGGAUACACACCUUUCUGUGACAGCCGUAAAGAAAUGGAUGGAUACCGUUUCUGGAAAUCAGGAUACUGGGCAUCACAUCUUGGGAAAAGGAAAUACCACAUUAGUGCCUUAUAUGUUGUGGAUCUUAAGAAGUUCAGGAAGAUUGCAGCAGGAGAUAGGCUUCGGGGCCAGUACCAGGCUCUUAGUCAAGAUCCAAACAGUCUGUCAAAUCUAGAUCAGGAUCUUCCCAAUAAUAUGAUUCAUCAAGUAGCUAUUAAGUCUCUCCCUCAGGAAUGGCUUUGGUGUGAAACCUGGUGCGAUGAUGAAUCCAAGAAAAAGGCUAAAACAAUAGACUUGUGCAACAAUCCCAAAACCAAAGAACCAAAAUUGAAGGCUGCUGCCCGGAUAGUUCCCGAAUGGGUUGACUAUGACUCUGAGAUACGAAAGUUAAUACAGCAAAUUGAAAAAGACAAGAAAAAUCUAAAUUUGUUCUCUCAAAAAGGCCCCGCUAAUAAACGCGGUGGCCAAGGCGGCUCCGUGUGCAUCACUCGCACCAUUAACGCUCCGCGUGCGACCAGCGCUUCAUUUCCUGCAGUUGCAUCAGGAAACGCAUCAUCACCCUAUCUGGAGAGCCUCGAAAUCUCCUUCCGUAGCCAACAAGGCAAUGUAAGAGUGUUUAUACAGAACAACAGCUUGCACGCCAACACCUACAACCGGCAAACCAUCCAGCGGCUGCCCGGCCCGCGGCCAGGUCUAGCUCAGUUGUCAGGGACAGAGGGCAGACGACAGCUGCUCUACGUGAGAGCUCCCUGCCCAUCCUUCAGCCACUCUGCGCAAAAAGCCCACGCGCACCGAGCCAUCUGCAUCAGCCGACACCGUGGGGCAGCAGGUUAUUUACUGGGCAGCGAGUUCCCAUGUCCAGGUCCUGGAGGUCCUACCCGAGCCACGCUAGCCUAG